CUUUCUUCAGUGCAAGAAGCGGUGGUGACAGAGGAGAGCGGAGCGUUUAUGUCCCUUCCUGGUGUCUGUAUUCGAAGGUGACCCCAUGGGAUUCAUGGCCAUUCUCAUCCCCCGAAGAUUACCGAGAGUGGUUUUUCAGGCGGCUGCCCUAUCAACUUCUAAAUGGGCAUGGCAUAAUCCUCCUGUUGAUGAACUUGGAAGGCGUUACCUAUUCAAGUCGGCCAAUGCACCUGCUCGUUCCGAGGAUGAUCACCGAAAUAGGUUGGGCCAUCGGGAGUCUCCAGUCGCUUACAAAACUGCUACAUUUCCGGCCGAAAUAAAUGACUAUGAGAAAGGAAUAGAAGAAAAUGACGUUUAUUCCUUUGAUAAUGAUUGCCCGAGUCUUGUUUCUAAACCACCAACAAAGGCUUAUGCUACUAUAUCGCAGUUUUUACCUAAAGACAAACAGAUAGGCUUGAGCCUAGAUCAGCGAAAGCCAGCCAGGGUUACAUUUAAAAAAAUGUCAGAGGCUUCUGAUUACAGAUUGUACGGCGACAUUGAAUCCUACGACACUAGACAAGAUCCCCGGGCUUUUCAGCAACACAGACCAGAAUACAAAUCAAUGUGCUACAACUCCGAACGUCUUAUGGAAACAUCUAUGGAGGAAGGUGACCGCAUUCUGGAGAAAGUUACCAGUCGCCUCACACCCAGUGAAGUUUCAGACUUUUUGGAAAAACUUAGUUAUUUACCUGAAAAAAUGCUGUUGGCUAUCAAAUCAGAUGAAAGAUUUAGAACGCUGUGCAGCUGCAGUACUUCAAAUCUUCCCUUUUACACCAACUCGGAAAUCAUUAGUAUUCUUGGUGCAUUUGUACGUCUCGGAAUUGCCCCGUGCCCCAUGCUAAAACAAUAUGAGCAAGAGCUUUGUCUUAGGGUCAGGCAGUUAUCUACCAACGAGUUGUUGCUGGUGGCAGAUACCUUUCGGUAUAUAGGUGUUCAUUUUCCCGAGUACUUGAACCUUACGUACAGCUGCAUGCAGCUAAGUUGUUCAGACUUAAGCUUGCCCCAGUUAAUACAGUUGAUAUAUAUUAUCGGUGAGGGGAGGCAUGCCCCAAAGGAAUUGCUGGAGAAAAUUGAGCCGAUGGUCCUGAGAUAUAUAAAGUCCAUUAACCUUGAAGAAAUUGGCACGGUUUGCCUUGGCUUUUUUAAAACCGGCAAUGGAUUAUCACUACACCUCACAGAAAAAUUUGGCGACAUCAUCGUAGAAAACAUCGAACAAGUGACCAAUUUUUCCUUGGUGAGCGUGCUUAAAAUGUUCCGUUUCACCCGUGCGUUCCACAUGCAGUUUUUCAGGCAAGUUGGAGAGGAGGCCUCUAAACGCGUACCUAAAAUGACAAUGCAGGGCAUCAUGCAUGUUGUCUUGGCUUUUGCGUCCAUGCGCAAUCUAAACGAGGACCUCAUGAAUGCUGUAGCUUUAGCUAUCCCCAGUAGAUUGUCUUACUGCCGGAGCAAAGACCUCGCUAAGUUCUUGUGGUCUUUCGGCAUGCUCGGAUACAAACCGCCAAACGCCGACGUCUUCUACGCUGCUUUUAUCAAGCAAAUCCAUAAAAACCUGAAAGAAUUUAUGAAAUAUCCUGAACAUUUUCUUACUUGCUUGAUGGGGCUUGUUUUCUGUCAACAGUAUCCAUUGGAUCUGAUCAGUAUUGCUUUGAGUGAAAAGUUUGUCAUGCGUUCGGCCAAAGUACGUGCGUUUGAACUUAAAAAGGAUCUGUUUACGAUUGCUGGCUCUGUAGAAAUCGAAUGUCCUCAAUACACUGGUGAUACUAUCUCCCCAGAGUUCCGAAAAGAAGUAACGGGCAUGAUUGUUGAACUGUCCACCCGGGACAUUCACAAAAGGGAAGAGUGGAUUGAAGCUGGCAUGUUGCUGCAGCAUAUUUUGGGCGGGCCGCAGUACGUAAAGGAGCAUAUGAUUUUGCCGCACACCAGGUCCAAAGAUUUUGAAGUCCACUUAGAUGUGAAUGGAAAGCCUGUUGCUGUCAAUACCGUUGUUGAGGAACUUGACCCGCCUCUUAUUAAACACUGUAAUGUUAAAAUCACUGAUGACCUCAUAAGUCAGUUAACCAAUACAGCCAAGCGAAUCCCUACCAGCUCAAAGAGUAGACCUGUUACCAAUCCAGAGGAUCCCAACACCGUCAGAGACUUGUCAAAGGCAACUUUGCCGGAGAAGGCUGAAAAUCCUGCCGGCCAAUCUGUGGUCAUCAAGUUGGCUAUCCAGGUUACAAACCGCAAUCAGUACCUCUCCAACUGUUUCACGGAACCUACGGCGCUCUAUGUUUUGAAAAGACGCCAGCUACGGAAGCUAGGAUACGUAGUGGUCGACGUGCCCUAUUGGGAAUGGUUUCCGCUUGCCAAACAGACACAGUCCGAAAAAAUGGCCUAUCUGCACCAAAAAGUGUUUGGCUCAGUUGAGGUUAAAUGA